AUGGCGUCUAAUCAACUCUUUGGAGAGCUUCUCAGUGAGCUUCCUGCUGCACUGGCACAACAUGAAGACACCUUCCAACUACCCCAAAUGUCUAUUCUGCCUCACGAUAAUCCAGUAGAAAUGGAUUAUACCCUAACGACCUAUGGGGGUCAACCUCACUACCUCACAUUCCCAUCCAGCAGCCAUAACAGCCAGGUAAUCUCCCCCCUCCUCAAUUUACAACAAAAGACCCAAACAUUUAUGUCUAGAUCAACCAAAACCCUUCAGGAGCCACUCUAACCUUCUGGUUCUUCCCCACUGAAAUCAGAGAAAUGAUAUUUUCCUUCGCCCUCUUCCCAGCCCAUCUCGCAAAACACGGAAUGCACCAUGUAACAGCCUACUCAAAGCACCCACUACUCGUCGCGCUGCGUGGAGACACACAACUGUACUCCGAAGCAAUCGAGGUCUUCUACAAGCUCAACACGGUAUUCUACACGAUCGACUACAAGGAUUUCUGUGGUCCAGGUGAACUCGAGCGCGUUAAGAAAGUGAGACACCUUGGGGUCGAUCUGUCGUUCGGGUAAGUUCCCUCUUACCCUUGGAUUACAGAGAUGAUGAUAAAGAUGGAGAUGGAAAAGAUGCUGAUAAGAAAAAAGUUACAAGGAGUUUCAAGCAGAUAAUAUCUACUUCAUAUUCGGGCACGGCGGCACAUGCAAAUACCCACACAUCUCCAAAUACCUACAAUUUCUCCUCAUCCGCGAUCGCAUUUCAUGGAUACACUCCCGCUACCGAGUCUCCGGCAACCCUCCAAAGCCCCAAGAAGUCGACCAACCGCGUCAAUCCCUUCUACUUACCGCCCCUUCCCUCGAAACCCUCUCGCUAA